AUGGAGAUCGAGGGCCAGCGUUCCGCGAAGAGGAAGAGGGUGGAGGAGAACGUGGAGGAGGAACACACUGCAGCUGCUACAGAUGAGACACAAAAAGCACAAAAUGGCGAAGCCACAUCGAAUGAACCACUGCUGCUCGAUGUGCUGCCCUACGUUGAUCCUUACAGCGAAGAGGAAAAGCAGGCGGCACUUCGAUUGAUCCAAGAGGAGAUGGCAACCUUCCAGCCCCCGGACUACCUCGCAACUACCCUCCCGCCCCCGCCUCUCCCCUCAUUCCUCGGCGGCACCGAGGCCCUCUUUCAGGCCGAGAUGGAGCGCGUUGGCGCCGGCAAGCCGCCCGUUGGUGGCUUUGAUGCUACACGGUAUGCGCUGCGGCGUCCACAGGGAGCGGAGGAGAAGGACCCUGAGGCCUGGGACAAAGCCAUAGACCAGGCCCAGAUGGUGCUGCAGCAUCAGCACGCGCGACUGGCCAACCUUCGUCUGCUCGAACAAUUCGGUCCCGGCGCCUGGCUCACCAACAACCAGCGCCUCCAGUUGGAUGACGAGCUUCGCGCGGUGCGGGCUCAGAUCGAGGAGCUCAACCGGAAGAGGCUCGAGGAGCAGCAGACUGCCGGUGUCAGACUCUAUCGUUCUCAGACCGAGUGGGCGGAGCUGGUGCAGAAGAACAUGCAGCUCGGUGCCGCUUGCCUUCAGCUCGAGCACAGCUUGCCAUCCCGACCCACACCAACGGACGAGGACGGAGGUGCCAUGUGA